UAUUAAAUUCCGAUAUAAUCGUAAUCUACACCAUCUGAAAGAUAUUUGAAGAAAAUUUCAUUAAGAAAUAUCCAUUUUUCUUAACCUUACGAGGAAACAAAUCGGGGUGAGGUAAAUUUAUGUAGGUAUGCCGCGAAUAGAAUAAGUAAUCCAAUAACAAGAGUAGGUUUAAUUCUUUUUUUUGUCUAUGUCAGACAUAACAUAUUUUAUUUAUACUUAAAUAUAUACAUAAGAGCGAAAAGAAGAAACAAAUUCACCACCUUAAGAUGAAAAUUUGGGGGCGCUGGGAAACCUCUCUAAUGACCUUUGAGGUACGCCGGCACCGUUGCCACUGGUGAUGACGAUAAUGCUGUGCUGGAACAACCAAGAGCCCUCAUGCGCUUCACCUGUUACCUCUGCUAGGCGAGCAGACCAGUGAAGACAGGAAUCUCGCAGUCAGUGGUCCGACCCCACCAAAUGUCUUGAAAAGCUACAGGAUUUUUACGAUUUUCCUCUCGACCAAUACAGAAAUGUGGUUAUUUAUGUCUUAUGUUCUACGGAGCUACUUAAAUAAUUUAACUAAUUGUUGUUGAGAAAUUAAAACCUUAACUAUGAUAAUCUACUUUUUGGAGCAUAAACUUAUUCUUUUCGUUCUUUCGGCAUAGCCAAUCUAUUUUUAUAUAUUUCCCAUUAUUUUUGCUAUCACUUUCUCACAUGUCUCUUAACACAGAGGUCACCAAGGCGAUCAUAUGUUCGUAACUUAUUUUGCCUCACCUCAAGAUCUCUCUGUAGGAUAACUUCGCUAUCCACAGAUUACAUAUCUUUGACACAGUAUGACGGUUGUAGACCUUCUGGGAUCCCUGACCACAAAUCCCUAUUUUGGUGCUGGAUUUGGGCUGGUAGGUGUUGGAACUGGAAUGGCAGCACUGCGGAAAUUAAGUCAGUAUGGUGUGAUCCUGUUACGAAGAAACUACCUGAUCAGCUUAGAAGUACCGAGCUCGGACAAGAGCUACCGCUGGCUGUUGCACUGGAUCUCCAACCGAGCGUACAAACGCACGCAGCAUCUUAGCGUUCACACCAAGUACCAUCAGUCGGACACAGGUCGUGUCUUCACGUACUUUGACUUUGUGCCAAGUCCCGGCGACCAUUUUUUCAAGCAUAAAGGCAACUGGUUCAAAGUGGAGCGAAACCGCGAGAAAACGAUGGGUGACUUCACGACGGGGACACCCUUCGAGACGGUCUCGUUGACGGCUGUUGGGCAAAACAAACAACUGUUCAUCGACAUUUUGAAUGAGGCACGAGAAAUUGCACUGAAAGAGCAGGAGGGAAGGACGGUCAUGUACACACCAAUGGGUGCCGAAUGGCGACAGCUGGGUUACCCGAAGCGCAAACGUCCCUUGCACUCGGUCAUUCUUGAUCAUGGCAUUUCAGAGGGAAUAUUAGAAGACAUAAAUGAAUUCAUCUCCAGUGUCAAGUGGUAUACAGAUAGAGGUAUCCCCUAUCGCAGGGGUUACCUGCUUUAUGGACCCCCAGGUUGUGGGAAAAGCAGUUACAUUGUAGCACUGGCUGGUAAACUGGAUUAUCACAUUUGUGUUAUGAACCUCAGUGAACGCAGCCUCACAGAUGACCGGGUGGCUCACCUCCUGACCACAGCACCCGAACAGAGCAUCAUCCUUCUUGAAGACAUAGAUGCUGCUUUUGUCAGCCGUGAUCUUUCUGUUGAAAAUCCUGCUGCUUACCAAGGGUUUGGCCGUUUGACACUCAGUGGUUUACUCAAUGCUCUGGAUGGAGUCGCUUCUGCAGAAGGACGCAUAGUUUUCAUGACAACUAAUUAUUUAAACAGACUCGACUCUGCACUGAUCCGACCUGGUCGAGUGGAUAUCAAAGAGAAGAUUGACUUUGCCUCAAAACAUCAAAUAAAGACCAUGUUUCUACGCUUCUAUCCGGAGGAACUCGAGAGCAUGGCAGAACAGUUCGCUGACCAACUUUUAGCUGAGAGCCAAGAAAUCAGUGCAGCCCAGCUCCAAGGCUACUUUCUCAUGCACAAGUCAGACUCGAAAUCUGCCCUCGACAAUGUACAGCAGUUACCUAACUUUUAAUUUUGAAAACAUUAUUUAAAAUUUCCAUGUGUUUGUGCCAACCUCUGGUGUCAGUUUAGGCAUGGUUUCUAUAGCUGGGUGCUUUUCCUAACACCAAACCACCUUACAGUGUGUACUGGGUGCCUUUAUUGUGCCACUGGUACGAGUGAGGUUGACCAUUAUCAUUGUCAUCACAUUAAUGUCCGUUUUUCCAUGCUGUAUGGGACAGUUUUUUUCCUACACCUGGAUCUGUUGCCUGUUACUGUCACCUGUUUCCAAGCAAGGUUAUAGUUCCUUAUUGUCUCAUAUCUAGAAAUGAUUUUGCACAGAAGAAUGGAAACAAAUGACACUGCCAUUUCUGCCAGCUUGAUACCGUAAACCUCUGAAUCAAUAACACAAAGAGACGAGAUUAUUGUAUACAAGAUAGCCAUUGCUAUAAUAUCUGCUUUUUUAAAAAAAAUUUUUAUUUCUUCAAAAGAAACAAAAUAUUUGAUAAAUAAAUAAUAUAUUAUUAAUUACAA